AUGUCGACAAACAAUGCGCCCCAACCAGUGAAGCUAUCGCUGCCCCUGGAAUACCAGCAGGCGCUCUUCCAGGAGCUCCGGUCCGAAGAUGAGCUCGUCGUGCUCGCCCGCGGCCUCGGCCUCAUGCGCCUCGUCACCAACCUGCUACACUCGUACGACGCGGCCGGGAACAACCUCAUCGUCAUAGUCGGCGCCGAGGAUCGCGAGAACGGAUGGAUCGGCGAGGCGCUGGCCGAGCACGCCGCCAUCAGCGCGUCGCCCAAGGCCCGCGGCCUCACCGUCGUGAAUACCGACUUUCAGAGCGUCGGCGCGCGCGAAAAGAUGUAUGCCGGUGGCGGAAUAUUCAGCAUCACGUCGAGAAUUCUCGUGGUUGAUUUGUUGACGGGUCUGCUGAGCCCAGACACCAUCACCGGCUUGGUCGUGCUGCACGCUGAUCGCAUCGUCGCCACAUCCCUCGAGGCCUUUAUUCUGCGAGUCUACCGACAAAAGAACAAAGUCGGCUUUCUGAAAGCUUUCGCGGACAAUCCCGAUCCAUUUACAAUUGGCUUCUCGCCGCUCUCCACGAUGAUGCGGAAUCUCUUCCUCAAAAAGGCGUCACUGUGGCCGCGCUUUCACGUCACCGUUGCGCAGUCGCUCGAGGGCAAGAAGAAAGCAGAGGUCAUUGAGCUCGAGGUGCCGAUGACAGAGUACAUGACGGAUAUUCAAAACGCCAUCAUGGAGUGUGUUGAGAUUAGCAUCCACGAGCUGAAAAAAGGCAACCCUGGCUUGGAAAUGGACGACUGGAACCUUGACAGCGCUCUGCUCAAAAACUUUGACGUCAUCGUUCGGCGCCAGCUGGACCCCAACUGGCAUCGUGUGAGCUGGAAGACGAAGCAGAUUGUCAACGACUUGACCGUUCUGCGAGGACUGCUGAAUUACGUGGUCAGCUACGACCCCGUUUCGUUUCUCCAGCACCUCGACACAAUUCACGCGGCGCAUUCCCCGCCUCCAGGCUCGACGCGGCAGACGCAGUCCCCAUGGCUGUUUCUGGACGCGGCGCAGACCUUGUUCGACACGGCGCGGAAGCGUGUCUACUCGGCCAGCAUCAAGCAAAUUUCGCAAGAAGAGAACAUCGACUCUCUGCGGCCGGUUCUGGAAGAGCUCCCGAAAUGGAGCAUGCUUGCAGAAGUGCUCGAGGAAAUCGACCGCGACCUGUACUUUGCGCCGCAUGCCAGGGAUGAUUCCAACGGCACAAUCUUGAUCAUGUGCUCCAACGUUGACACCUGCCGUCAAUUACGAGACUACCUCCAGACAAUGCACGUCAAGCCAAAAGUGCCCACCAGAAAUCCUACCGAUGAAGACGACCCUCACAAGCCAUCCGCCAUCUUCAUGAUGCGCCGCCGACUGCGUAAUUACUUGCGCUGGAAGCGGCAGUUUGCGGUGGUCAACGCCUCGCUAUUUACGGAAAACAACAAAGCGCUCAACAGCGCCACAGAUUCUCGUCCCGGGCAUGGAGGCAUGCGCGGCGGGAGAGCACCGUCGAAUAAGCGUCGUCGACAACGAGGCGGUGGCAAUAUGGGCGUCAGCAUGUCCAGGGCAGAAAACGGCAGCAUCUCUCAAUUUUUCGAGAAGCCCAACGAGGUGGCUGAACUGAUGGCAGAGGUGCAAAUCACGGAGGAAGAGGCCAAGCAAAAGGAUGAUGUGGUUGCCGAUCCGCUCGACAACAUGGAGGACUAUUAUCAGCUCUACGACAUGCGGGACCUUGUUGUCAUUCACGCCUACGAUGGCGACCAGGAUGAGCACGUACUUGAAGAAGUCAAGCCUCGCUACAUUGUCAUGUACGAACCGGAUGCUUCCUUUAUCCGCCGCGUCGAGGUGUAUCGCUCCUCUCACAAUGACCGCAACGUCCGCGUUUACUUUUUGUACUAUGGCGGCUCCGUCGAAGAACAGCGCUACCUCGCCUCUGUACGCCGCGAGAAGGAUGCCUUUACCAAGCUCAUCAAAGAACGCGCGAGCAUGUCCCUCGUCAUGACGGUCGAUCCGCACGGCAUUGAAGACCCGCAGGAUGCCUUCCUCCGCACUGUCAAUACCCGCAUCGCCGGCGGCGGGCGCCUCGCCGCCACGGCCGAGCCCCCGCGCGUCGUCGUCGACGUGCGCGAGUUUCGCUCCUCGCUGCCCUCGCUCCUCCACGGGCGCGCCAUGGUGAUUGUCCCGUGCAUGCUCACCGUCGGCGACUACAUUCUCUCGCCCUCCAUCUGCGUCGAGCGCAAGAGCAUCAGCGAUCUCAUCUCCUCCUUCAAAGACGGCCGCCUCUUCACCCAGGCCGAGACCAUGUUUCAGCACUACAAGAACCCGAUGCUGCUGAUUGAGUUUGACCAGAACAAGUCCUUUACGCUCGAGCCCUUUGCCGAUCUCUCCGGCAGCAUGAGCAGCGUGUCCGCCACCAAUGUCUCCUCGGACCUGCAGUCCAAGCUUGUGCUCCUGACGCUCGCGUUUCCAAAGCUGCGCAUCAUCUGGUCCUCGUCGCCGUACCAGACGGCCGAGAUCUUUGAGGCGCUCAAGACGCAGGAGCCCGAGCCGGACCCGAUUGCCGCCGUGCAGGCGGGGCUGGACAAGGACGCGCGCGCCGAGGACCAGGUGUUUAACCAGGAGCCGCAGGACAUGCUGGCGGUGGUGCCGGGCGUGACGCCGCAGAACAUGAAGAAUAUUAUUAUCAAGACGGAGAAUGUAAAGGAGGUGGCGAACAUGACGCCGGAGGAGCUGGCGCCGCUGGUGGGCAAGGCUGCGGGCAGGGCGAUUCAUGCUUUCUUUGAUCGGAACGUCAUGGAUGAGGAGGACUACUGA